AGGAAAAAAGCCGAUAACCGAUACGAUUGAUACACCAAGUCCUCAGUCAAAAAUCAUGUACCUCUGAUAGUUCUAAUAAACAUUAAUAUUGUUCGGUAAUCAGUGAUUUUAAUCGCCCGCGAGGAUGUCGGUGAAUUUAUCCAAGAACAAUGAGUCCCUGGUGGCCGCCUGGACGAGCGUCGUGGACGACAAGUCUCCGGUCAACUGGGCUGUCUUCGGCUACGAGGGUCAAACGAACAACCUGAAAGUGGUGUCCACCGGCAACGGUGGCCUCGAGGAGAUGAUCGAGGACCUGAACAGCGGUCACAUAAUGUACGCCUUCUGCCGUGUAAUCGACACAAAAACAAGCCUCCCAAAAUGCGUCCUAGUGAAUUGGCAGGGCGAGCUCGCGCCAAUAGUGCGCAAGGGCACCUGCGCCAAUCACAUCCGCGACAUAGAGCGCCUGCUCAAGGGCGCCCACAUCCAGGUAAACGCUCGCUCCGAGGAGGACGUCGAGGUGGACAUGAUCAUGGAGAAAUUGGCGCGAGCAACAGGCUCAGCUUACAAAUUCCAAGCGCCUCGCAGCAAGGACGUGGGCAACACUCUGCCAGUGGGUACGACGUACAAACGAGUGAUACCAGCGCAGGAGAUAAACGCAACGGAACGCGACGAGUUCUGGCAGAAGGAGGAGCUCGAGGAGAAGGCGAGGGUCGAGCAGGAGAGGAUCAGGAGGGAGAGGGAGAGACAGAGGCUGGAGCUGGAGACGAGAUCGCGGGAGGAGAAGCAGAGCAAAAUAAGGGAGGAGGAGGCGACACCUGUCGUCAGGAAGAUUGAGCAGUCUGAGCAGAGGGUGCAGGAGCUCAAGAACCUGAGGAAUCAUCUCCAGAGGGCUGACAGCGACGACGAGGAGCCCAAGUCCAAGAGCGAGGAGCUGAGGAGGCAGAGGAGCAACGAGGCACAGCAGCUCAUUGCCCAGAGGACGAUCAACGCGAGAGCUGUCUUCGAGCAGAAUUCAGCAGCUGGACAGAUGAGGAGUGGAUUUACACCUGGAAAGGCUGCCUCCAGGGUGACCAGGGUCGAGAGGGCGUCUGAGGGAAAACCUCAGCAGGUGCCCCAGGAGGUGGAGGAGAUAAAAACACCUGAGGUGGUGAAGGAUCAGCCUCAGGACGUCAAGGAAACCCUCGACGUCUGCAAGGAUGCUCCUGUGGAGGUGAUCGUCGAUGAGCGCGAGGCCAAGCCUGAGGAGAGGAAGCCCACUGAGGAGAUCAGCACGGUUGAGAAUGAGUUGUACAAUCAGCUCAGUGGGGAGAACUAUCUUUAUUUCGAUCCUAAUAAUGAGGGAAUGAAGGCCAGGGCUUUGUACGACUAUCAGGCUGCUGAUGACACUGAGAUUACGUUUGAUCCUGGGGAUGUCAUCACUCAUAUUGAUGCUAUUGAUGAGGGAUGGUGGCAGGGACUUGCGCCUGAUGGUACUUAUGGACUCUUUCCUGCUAAUUAUGUCGAGGUCAUUGAGUAUGCCAGCACAUGA